UGGAUACAUAUCUGCAUUUUUCUGAGAUGGCAUCAAGAGGCUGCAAGCAUCCGGCAGACGCAUUUUGGUAUGUCUGCGGCCAAUUUAUCAAGACAAGAGCGAAAAAGUACUCCGUGGAAGCAUCUGCUAAGAUGUGUGAGGCCUAUUUCGGCAUGAAACAAUUUGUCAGAGCUGUAGAUAAGGAGUCGGCAGCCUUCAAGUACCUUCAAGACUUCUUCCCUAAGCUGUCUGAGGCAAAGGUCAAAGCCGGUGUCUUUGUCGAACCACAGAUAAAGAAGAUCCUGGAGUGCAAUGAAUUCCCCAACAAGCUCACUCGUAAGGAGAAAGCGGCUUGGAACAGCUUUGUCGCAGUGGUUCGUCGCUUCCUGGGCAACCACAAGGUCGAAAAUUAUGUGGAGCUGGUUGAGACUCUGUUGAAGAACUACGGCACAAUGCGCUGUAGGAUGUCCCUCAAAGUCCAUAUCCUUGAUGGUCAUCUUGAUAAAUUCAAAGAGAACAUGGGAGCGUACUCGGAGGAGCAAGGCUGACAGGACGACUGCGGCAACUCGGGGCGAGGAUGAGACUUGGCGGAGAAGCUUUAGCGAAGGCCCGGCAGACGAUCGAACCGGAGGAAACAACGAGAUGAAAAACCGUCAUGGAGUGGAACUCAUCGCUUACUGGGCAAGGAACGCAAAAUAAAUAAAUAAACUGAGUACACAACAACAACAACAACAACAAAAAACCCCAGCGGCGCUGAAAUUGGACGCGACAGAAUUUGAAAGGCGGGAUUCAAAGAAUGGGAUCGACAUGCAGCUGCGCUAAGACUAAAUAAUAUGCAGUCGGAUCGAAUAACUGUAUCGAGCCAACAUCAUCACCACCACAAUAAGAGCAGUAUGGAUGAAGGGCGCAGCGUAAACUGAAACCCACGGGCAGCUGUAUCAACUCGAGAAGACGCGAUAAUGAAAUACGAAUCGACUUAUAAACAACUGGAGGGAGCCAAUACAUCGAUGUUGCUUGCACAAUAACCGCAAACAACAUAGACGAAUAGCGGAAGUGAACCCUUCCCAUCAGCAACCGUAAAAUAACUCGCCGGGAUGCAGAAUGGGUUACGGAACAGAAGGGUUUAUUUACAUUCCUCAAAAUACAGAGUUCCGGGGCUUGUCCGUCAGCCCCCCCCACAGUCUUCACAAAACGAAACGAGACUGAGUCCGAGUUGUACAUUAAAAUGAAAUGCAUCGACAGCGCGUAUACAAGAGCCCGGGGAGUUUCAAAUUCCGACUUAAUCACUCUGCUACCACUGACAGCUUCCCAUUAGCCACGACCGCAAAUAGCAACCAGGUCACGAGGUCUUACCCCCCCCAACUUACAAAGAUUCCGUAUGGCUGUAGCUUGCUGCGAGCUCGUUUACAACGGAGAUUUAUUUAACAAUAAACUACAAUCCUCGCAUCGGCGUAUUCGUUGUGCAACUUGUGGCAACCAACAAAAAAGUUGGUAACGAACUGCAAUGCCUGAGUUUUUUUGAAUUUCCCGCCUCGAGCCCUGUGAGUGCCGACGUCUGGGAUGGAAUUCGCUCACCCGGGCACCGUUAGGAUGGAGCGCCGCUUUGUCCCACCGCUCGGAGUUGUUUGUGAAGCUAUCGAUCGAGGAGCCGGCGUCUACGAUCCUAC